CAUAUGUUCUCUUUCUAUGUGUUUUGACAAGUUGUUUUGUCCUUCGCGUUCGGCUCCGAAGAUCAGAUAUUGAAGCCUCGGAAAGGCAAUGACGAUUAGCGAAAUCGAUGUCGACACGAAAGCAAUGGAGCUUUCCCCGAAUUCAAGUUCGGACUCCUCAUCAUCGAAAGAUGCAAUCACUGAAGAGAAAUUCGACCGUACCUUUCUGCGUCGUUUUCGCGUUAUUUUCAGUAUAAUUUUUCCUGGCUUUGCCUCGCUACCGAUGGUAUUAUUCGGGAUUCUAUUGUUCUUGUGCUUCCUUGAAGAAUAUGUUACGUACAACGUUGGAUUGAUCCCUAGUCGCUACUAUGAAGUACUGGGUGCCAGACCAAAGGAUGUUCCCGCCUUCCAAAAGCUUGCCAUUACAACUUUGGGUUGGGUGAUUUGUCAAGCAUUUCUGCGCAGUACAAAGAAGUUUGUGUCUUCCGUUUCCUACAUCACCUGGCGGCAACUUUUGUCCCGCAGUUUGCAUUCAAUGUAUUUCAGAAAGAAGAAUUUUUAUGAUGUCAACGUUCUGUCUAGAAAAGUGGACAAUCCUGAUCAGAGGAUGACGCAAGAUGUGGAUAAGCUGUGUGAUACACUUGGUAAAGUUUUCACGAAGAUCAUCAUUGCACCAUUCAUCAUCGGAUAUUACUCGUACCAGGCUUUUGCGAACACCGGUUGGUACGGUCCUGUUGGAAUUCUCGUGUUAUUCCUAGUAUCGACCGUCGUGAACAAAGCAAUCAUGUCACCAACGGUGCAGCUUGUUUUCGACCAAGAAAAGCGUGAGGGAGAUUUCAGGUUCAAGCAUAUGCAAGUACGCUCAAAUGCGGAAUCGUUGGCGUUCCUCGGGUCGGGUUUGAUGGAAGGCUGGCGGGUCGACAAGAAGCUGGAUAUUUUGCUGAAAGUGCUCGUAAAACGCACGAAUUGGCAAUACUUACUGGAUUGUGCCGUCUCUCUCUUUGACUAUGCUGGUUCCAUUCUUUCAUACGUGAUGCUUGCCAUUCCUAUCUUCGCCGGCCGCUAUGAUGAUUUGUCUGCCAACGAGCUCAGUGCUCUCAUCAGCCAGAAUGCCUUUGUAUGCAUAUACUUGGCGUACAGCUUUAGUUCUCUUGCUGAUUUGGCACCGGAGGUUGUAAACAUAGCCGGAAAUACGCACAGAGUCGCAGAACUGAUCGAGGCUUUGAAGAAGCCCGAAACAGGGCAGUGGGAUACAGGCUGUGAUGAUUCGUCGGAUAAUGCAGAAAACCGUUGGGAAUCAAAAGUGAAGCCUGAGCUGGAAUCCACGCUUGCGUCUCGUGGAGAAAAUAGCUUCACUGUAUUUCGUCUGGAGCACGUGACCGUCCGCAAUCCUUUUGCCGGGACAGAUUUGGUUCGAGACCUGAGUUUGCAGCUGAAUUUGGGAGUGAAUGUUCUGAUCACCGGACCAAGUUCUUGUGGAAAGUCCAGUCUUCUUCGGUGUUUACGAGGUCUCUGGCCUCCGUUGUCUUCCCACGCGUCAAAUGCGCUUCCGUCAGUGAAAGCUUAUCUCCCGAUGACGGAAAAGUACAUGUUAUUUGUUCCUCAGAAGCCAUUCUUUUCAGACGGAUGUAUGCGCCAACAAGGAAUCACUUUUAUGGUCUACUUUUGGGGGCAUUUGAAGGUCAUGUAUCCAUUGAGUGAUGAAGAUUGCGAAGAGUCGGAAAACCGUCGUGUAAUCGAGUGUCUUGAAAAGGUGGACCUGAUGAGUGUUGUGAAUCGUUUGGGAGGCAUUACCGGAGAAUCGGAUUGGAAUUGCACUGUACAAUUGAGUCGGCAGUACGACGUGCUUUCGCCGGGCGAAAUGCAGCGCCUGUGCUGUGCAAGAGUGCUGUUCCAUUCUCCGAAGUUCGUUUUCUUCGAUGAAAUUACGAGUGCCAUAUCGCAGAAUCUGGAAGAAGUGAUUUACAAUGAGGUUAGGUCUGCUGGUAUUUCGUACGUAUCUGUGGGUCACAGGUCAAGUUUGCGUCAGUUCCACGAUAUUGAACUAAAGUUGGACGGCAAGGGCGGCUGGGAAAUAUUGUCUAUUGAGAAACCAUCGAGCGAUCAUCUUAUUUCGUACUGUGAUUGUCUAUACCGCGAUAUGGGCAAUACGCGUGAUCGUGUUCCGUUGUGGCUUCGUCCGGUGAUAGAUCUCGACCGCCAGUGCACCACGAGCUUCCUGUCGACAACGAAAAGACUUCAGAAGGAAAACAAAAUCCCUGACUCCGCUGUACACAAGUUUUUGAUGGGCUUUGAGUUGACGACUCAUGGUAUUCCUUGGCUCAUCGGACUCGGGUUGCUGGUGUGGAUGUCUCCCCUCGUGGGAUUUCAGAACUUCAGCGUGAAUAUGCUCUUCGCUACUAUUUUCGACAUUAUCGUGGUAGCCCUGGUGAAGUCAGUGGCGCGUCGACGGCGUCCAGAGCAAAAAUCAGAGAUGCUCAUGACGUUCGGUCCUGACAAAUUUUCGUUUCCCUCGGGCCACGCGUCACGAGCUGUGCUAUUCGCUCUCUUACUCUCGACGAGGCAACUCUGGCUGUUGCCAUGGAAUGCAAUUUUAGCUGUUUGGGCAGUCAGCGUGAGCGUGUCACGCGUGGUCCUCGGUCGACACUUCCUCGGUGACGUUUUUGGCGGUGCUGUGUUGGGAAUUGUCCAAUACUUUGUCUUGUCGUGGCUCUGGCUCAGCGAAGGAACGACAAGCUCUAUUUUGUACUUUUUGAACAGCGAGCCGCCGGUUGUGGAGUUUGACUGAAUCGUGCGCGAACGGCUGUGCUUAUGAAUGUUUCUCUUUGUUUUUCGCUUGUGGAGCUCCCUCGUAUGAACGCGGCAGCUCUUCCUGAUCAAAAUAUUCAUCGACCAAUUUCUUUUUCGCGAACUUGGCGGUCAGAAACGUUCUGAGUGAUUUUUUUGCUAAUGGUUUUUGAGGACGCAGCGGGUCCGUUGCUGAAUGCUAUGUCUGCACGCCUUGUACCUCUCCAAUUUGAGAAAUACCUUGAUGAUAUUGCGAGAGGGCAUUAGCAGUAUUCUUUUUCGGAAACGGUAAAUUCAGUUGAAUAUUUUUUACUCAAUUGCAAAGCCGUGCUAUGAGAAAAAAUCAGCUCGACGUUAUUUUCCUUAAGAAGAUGGUAUGUUUUCACGAGUUUUAAAUGAACUGUUAGCCUAAUAUCGCAUAAAACACUGCAACUACAGUCAAACGCCGAUAAAACGUCACCAUUUAUUUAGGAGUUGGCGGUUUAAAGGGAUCAGCGGUUUAUCAAAUACUUCAUUUUUAAUUGAAUAUUCGAGUACUAUUACAGUACUGUACUUACUGUACUCCAUUUUCCUCUAAAAAUAGAAGAAAUACAUGUUUUCUAGAAACUUCAGAAAUUUUCAAAUUAAUAUUGCUGUGAUCUGUAGAUUAAUAUUUCAGUAAAUGAAUUUUACUGCAUCACAUUCAUUUGAAUUUUAAAAUUUGGUCUAUCUGUUGUUCAAGUAAUUUAAAAGAAUAAACAUUUUUAAUUCUGUCAUGAAAAUGUAAGAUUCCGGCCAGAAAUUAUAAUUUUACCCAUAUAUUGAUUUUUGUAACGACGAAAAAACAAAUGCUAGAUAAUGAAACAGAACACUUUUGUUUCAUUAUUAAUGUUGGCGGAUGGCAGUUGGCGUCUAAUCGAACUUUUCUUAUCUGGGCUAUCAAACAUCGAGCUUUGCUUGAUGAAACAUUUUGGCGGUUGCCGAGGGUGGCGCUUCAUCGGGCUGCAUCUUAACGGGGUUUGAUAACAUUUAGUAAGUUUCCGUUUAUAAUUGAUCAUAAUUUAAUUUUCCGUUACACCUGGUUCCGUUCUUUCGUUGCUAGUCGCAGUGGAGUUGCGGAAGGUGCGUUUUUGUAUUUCAAGGUGUUGGCUGCACGGUAUUCGGCUGAUUAUCGAAAAAAAAUCAUCGUGUUGUUCACCACGAAAUCAGAACAUCUGGGAUUUUGGGUAAUAUUUUUGAUCCGAUGCCGGCGUCCCUGUAACAUGAAUGUUACCUGUUGGGAUCUCACUUGUGAAAUUGGGAAGGUAUGAGUUCAUGCUGCGUAAUAGUGGGACUUAUGGCCGAUAUAUUCUUCUCAAGACUUAUUCACCCCGUUCUGAAUGCAAUAUUAUUCAAGUGUGAUGAGAUUAACGGACGUGAGGAAUUUAUUAAAACGCUCUGGUUGCUGUGCAUUGCAGGAA